AUGGAGGAAAGGGAUGUAGCCGAGGAGAGCGAAAGGCCGGCAAAGAUCAGAAAACGUUCACACCCAUCUGGAGCAGAGCAGCCGGCAGCGUUACGACGAAACUCAUCGAGCGACAUCGACUCACAGGAGAUCAUUGUCUCUGAUGAGGGCAGUUCUCGAGAUGGCGAAUCCAAGCAAGCAGAGCCACCGACAGUAGCCCAAGACUCAACACCCGGACCAGAGAACGGCACGACAACCACCACCAAACCCCUAUCCAAGAACCAACUCAAGAAACAAAAACGCCGCGACGAAUGGGAAGCCGGACGAGACUUCCGCAAAGCGAAACGAAAACAGAAAACUAAAGAGAAACGUCAACGCAAGAAACUCGCCAACGAAGAAGCCGCCCUGGCCACAGCUAAUGGCACCUCACCUCCUGACCCAACGCUCUUCCAGCCCAGGAAACCGCGUAACCCAGUCCAGCUCCCAAUUACACUGAUUAUCGACUGUGGGUUCGAUGAGCUGAUGAUGGAGAAGGAGUACAUCUCCUUAGGCUCGCAGCUGACGCGGGCGUACUCGGACAACUCAAGGAGUACAUUGCAGGCGCAUUUGGCGGUCAGCGGAUGGGGAGGGAGGCUGAAGGAGAGAUUUGAUACGGUGUUGAGCGGACACUAUAAGCAAUGGAGAGGGAUGACGUUUCAUGAAGAGGGAUUUGUGGAGGUUGCGGAGCAGGCUAAGGGGUGGAUGGAGGGAGCGGAUGGUGCGAAGGGGAGGAACCCGUUGAAGGGGGCUUUUGCGCGGUAUGCUGUGGAAGCAGAGGCCGCUAAUAAGGAGGACCCGAACGAGCAAACGGGCGUGGACAGCGAAGCAUCCGGUGAAGUGAAUGGGCACGAAGAAUCAACCUCCACUGCUGGUCCAUCGGUACCACUUCCACCCCGAGAGACGAUCUACCUGACAGCCGACUCCCCACACACCCUUACCCACCUGCACCCCUACAGCACCUACAUCAUCGGCGGAAUUGUCGACAAGAAUCGUCACAAGUCCCUCUGCUACAACCUCGCGCUCUCCAAAGGCAUCAAGACAGCGAAGCUGCCGAUCGGAGAGUUCAUGCAGUUGCAAAGUCGGUCUGUGUUGGCGACGAACCAUGUGGUUGAGAUCAUGCUACGGUGGUUAGAGAAUGGCGGGGAUUGGGGCGCCGCGUUGCAGCAGGUUAUGCCGAAGCGGAAAGGGGCUGUAUUGACGAAGAAGGAGAAGCGAGCGAAGCGGAAGGAACAUGGGUCGACUGGUCCUGCGAAAGCCGGAGGUGCGGUCGAAGAUGACGAAAGCAACGAUGAGGGUGCGGACGAGGACAAGGGCGAUGUUGUGAAUGGGGAUAGUGAUGCCGAGGAUGAUGAACAGGAGACGGAGGAGGCAGACGCUCACGACAGGGCAGGGAGUCAUGCUGCUGCUGGCGGUGUAGAGAGCGCCGCGAGCAUCACCGUCGACCAACCCGAAGGCACUAUUGAUAGGACCUUCAGUAGUAGUAGUUGA